CCCGCCCCCUCCAUCGCGCUGCUCGCAUCGCACCUUCCACCCUCCCCUUGAACCAGACAGUCCGGGUCCCCUGUCCCAGCGCGCACGACCAUGCUCUCCACUGCCCGGUCCCUUGUUGCCGGCACCGCCGCCCGUGCCGUGGCCGCCUCCAGUGCGGCCGGCGCCCCCUUGGCCCGUGCGCACUUCAGCGUUGCCCCGGCCAGCGAGGCCUUCUUCCAGGGGAAGGCCGUGCCGCUGGACUUCCACCGGCAGGACCCGCCGGCGGACAAUGUCCGCUUGUUCAAGUCCCCGAUCAUCAUCCUGCCCGGGCUGCUCGGGUCGCGGCAGAACUGGCGCUCGAUGAGCAAGCUGCUGGCCUCGCGCACCGGGCGCACGGUCUUCUCGCUGGACAUGCGCAACCAUGGCAGCAGCCCCUGGUCGGCGCCCGAGCAUGCUGGCUACGACUACAUGGCCGCCGACAUUGCGGCCUUCGUGACCGAGCACCUGUCCGAGUUCGACCGAGACUUCGUGCUGCUGGGCCACUCCAUGGGCGGCAAGACCGUCAUGCACUAUGCCCUGAAUGCCCCAUUCGAUCUGCAGCCCGGGCGCAUCGUCGUGGCGGACAUCCUGCCUGAGCAGUCGCCGAAUGCCUCCUUCUCGGAGAUCCUCCAGGCCAUGAUCACCACGGAGGAGCGCCGCGUCGGGACCCGGCCCGAGGCCGAGCAGAUCCUGGCCGACAUGGGGGUGACCAAUGAGCGCGUGCGGGCCUUCGUCGGGACCAACCUGGUGAAGGGCCAGCUGCCGGAGGCCCUGGCCGCGGCGCUGCCCGGGCACACGGACGAGCAGUUCUACUUCCGGUGCAACACCCGCGCCCUGCAGGCGGCCCUCGGGGAGAUCAUGGCCGUGCCGGCAUACAGCCCGGACCAGGUGUACUCCGGCCGGAGUCUCUUUGUCGGCGGCCGCAAGGCGGACUACGUGCCGGAUGACCCGUCCCGGGUGGCGGCCACCCUGGCCGGGCACUUUGGGCCCUUCGUCGAGGACCCGGCCGACCCGGACGCCAAGGAGGGCUGGAGCCUGCGCAUGCUGGACACCGGCCACUGGAUCCACGCCGACGACCCGUGGGGCUUCACCCACCAGGUCGAGGCGUUCCUCGACAACGCGGCAUAGGCCCGCGGGCCGAUGCCUGAGCCCGGCUCUUGCUUUUUUUCUUUUUUCUUUUUUCCCCCCUCUGUGCGUGCGUGCGUGCGUGCG